AUGUUCGACGCGACGCAGGACCUGGCAGAUCUGCCAGAAGAUGCCUUUUCCUCUUCGUCGCCAGAAAAGUCUCCGAGAAAGGACCAUGUCAUUGAGAUUUCUUCUCAGAUCACACAGUCGCAAGCUGUUCGCGCGCCUGGAUUGCGAGCUCCGCAGAACGGUCUCAAGCAGAUGACAAUCUUUGGUCAGCCUGCUACACAAGAUCUCUCUGCGUCGCAAGCGGCCAAGAAGAGACAUGCCUGGCCACUUGCAAAUCGCGAUGAGCCCCCAACCCACCACAAGCUGGACGAAAAGGCAAUGAUCACCUGGGUGUACCCGACCAAUCUUGGCAGUACACGAGAUUACCAAUACAACAUAGUAUCGCGAAGCCUCUUCCACAACACUCUCGUGGCACUUCCGACUGGUCUUGGAAAGACGUUCAUUGCUGCCACGGUCAUGCUGAACUACUAUCGAUGGACAACACACGCCCAGAUUGUGUUUAUGGCGCCAACGAAACCGCUCAUAGCUCAGCAAAUGGAAGCAUGCUACGGUAUUGUGGGCAUUCCGAAACGAGACACUGUACUCAUGACCGGCGAGACCGCGCCUGCGAGCCGAGCUGAGGAAUGGCUAGAGAAGCGCGUCUUCUUCAUGACGCCUCAGACGGUGAUCAAUGACUUGCGGACUGGCAUCUGUGACCCGAAGAGACUGGUGCUCCUGGUCGUCGACGAGGCUCAUAAAGCGACUGGUGGAUAUGCUUACACUGAAGUCGUUCAAUUCAUGAGACGCUUCAAUAACAGCUUCCGCGUGCUCGCGCUGACCGCGACUCCUGGCUCUACAGUUGAGGCCGUUCAAGCAGUUAUCGACAACCUUGGUAUUGCACGAGUGGAGCUACGUACUGAGCAGUCCUUGGACAUCCGCGAGUAUACGCACGAGAAGCACACCGAGACUGAAAUCUUCGACUUCAGUGAAGAGCAGCAACGUAUCAUGGACCUGUUUUCCAAAGUACUGAAGCCUGUCGUCGAGAAGCUCUGCAGCCAGAAUGCAUACUACUCAAGAGAUCCAAUGGCUCUGACUGCUUAUGGCUUGACCAAUGCACGUCAGAAAUGGAUGAGCUCGGAUGCUGGCCGGAAAGCGCCAAUGCCCAUCAAAGGCAUGAUGAAUGCUGCAUUCACGGUUCUGUCAAGUCUUGCGCACAGCAUUAGUCUUCUCAAACAUCACGGAAUCGGACCAUUCUAUUCCGGCGUCCUGGCUUUCCAACGCCAGGUCGAAAGCGGCGAAAGUAAAGGGAAGACAGCUGCUAAUAUUGCUCAUGACGAGAACUUCAGCAAGAUGAUGAGCACCAUUCGAACGUGGACAAACAAUCCAGAGUUCAUUGGGCAUCCUAAAUUGGAGUAUCUCAGAGAGAUCGUCCUCAACCAUUUCUUGGACGCAGGAGAAGGCAGGCAGGGCAGUGACGUGCCUCCGAGCGCUACUCGCGUCAUGGUCUUUGCCAGCUAUAGAGACAGCACUGAAGACAUUUGUCGGGUCUUGAAGCGUAACGAGCCUAUGAUCCGGCCGCAAGUCUUCGUUGGACAAGCAGCCUCCAAAGGUCAGGAAGGCAUGAACCAGAAGAAGCAGAACGAGGUCAUUCAAGACUUCAAAUCUGGCAAGUUUAAUACUCUCAUCGCUACCUCUAUCGGGGAGGAAGGUCUGGACAUUGGUACUGUAGACCUGAUUGUCUGCUACGACGCUUCUUCCUCGCCGAUUCGCAUGUUACAGCGUAUCGGUCGUACUGGUCGCAAGCGCCUUGGACGAGUGUGCUUGCUUCUCAUGAAGGGUAAGGAGGAGAAGGACUACGAGAAAGCACAAGACAAUUAUGCCUACAUUCAGAAGAGUAUUGCUGAUGCCACGAAGUAUUCGUACCGAGAUGACCAGAGUCCGCGCAUCCUGCCGAAAGAGAUCAAACCUGUCGCGGACCAAAGGCCUGUUGAGAUUCCAGUGGAAAACAGUCAGCCGGUGGAUCUCAACGAGAAGAAGCGGAAUGGGCGUGGCAAGGGCAAGACGAAGCGACCUCCGAAGAAGUUUCACAUGCCAGACGGCGUUCGCACUGGCUUUACGAAGGCGUCCAGGCUUGCGACGAAGUCAAAGCCGGUGUUUCGAAAGGCAUCAUUCACGCCGGAACCACCACCACCAGAUAUUGCAACGCUGCCGCCACUCGAAGAUGUGUUAUUGACUGCAGCGCAGCAGCAAGAGCUCGAGCAGCGGUAUGCUAAAGUCACAUCCAGUGACAUCGAUGGUGUCGUACGUGGUCCUGAUAUUGAGCGAUUUCCGGCCAGACUGCGUAAUCUAGGGGCAAGUAAACAUGUGCGUCAUGGA